GUUGCUGGCUGGGUUCUUGCUGGUUCCUUCUUUAGGCUGUUUGCUGUUGGAUUGUUUGUCUGAUUUGGUAGUUUGUCUGAGAGGAGUAUUGUUUUACUUCCUAACACAGUUUUAUAUUAUCCAGGAACCUGCCCUCCGGCCUGCUCCAUGCCUGUCUCGGAAGAUGGCUUUAUUAAAGCUGCUUCCACCAGAUCCAGAAGAUGAGGGAACUCAACGGUGCAGGCUUGGUCCCACUGCAUUCGCCUGGCUAGGCGCUGAGCUGGGCUCUCUGAUUAAAAUCACCUUGCCCGGAGGUUCUUGCCUAUGCACAGCCUGGCCAAGGCACGAUUCAGCUGAUGGCUACCUGCAGUUCGACCUCAAAUGCAGGACUUGGGGAUUAAGAGAAAGCCAGUUACGGAGGCAGACCGUGAGCACGGACCAGCUGAGCGUGGUGGCCUGCCCCAAGCUGAGACGUGUGACGGUCCGAGUUGUCUUUAAAAACCAGGCCUCAAAACGUGUUCUUCCCCAAACGGCACUUCCGGAAGUAGUGCGAGAGCUUUUGAGGAAGGCCUGCGUGGCGCGCCAACACGUCGUGACUUUCCCUCCAAUUCUGGGCAACCCCGUCGAGUGUGUCGAAAUAUUGUCCACGGGGCCGUCCAACCUGGAGGAAGCUGGCUUGAUCACCCCGCAAACCGACAUCCACAUUAAAGAGACGAUGACAUUGGAGAGAUACAGCUGCUUGAUGGGGGACGGCUCGAAAAUCCAGGUGGCCGGCUUGGAUGAAGUCAGCCAGGCGUUAAAAGAAAUGAUCGAACUGCCCCUGCGUUUCCCGAACAGCUUCAAAACAUUAGGCCUCUCGGUCCCAAAGGGGGUUCUUUUGGUGGGGCCGCCAGGAGUUGGCAAGACGCUACUGGUCAAGGCGGUGACUGGAGAAGUUGGGGCCUGUCUAGUGGGCCUGAGUGGCCCUGUGGUCUGUGGUUCGCGGCCUGGCGAAAGCGAGGAGAACUUGCGACGUGUCUUUGAGCAAGCAAGAGAGCUCUCCAGCGAAGGGCCCACCGUCCUCUUCAUUGACGAGAUUGAUUCGUUGUGUCCCAAGCGGGGAGCUUCCGGUCAUCUCCCUGAGCAUCGCCUGGUGGCUCAGUUGCUAACUCUGAUGGAUGGAUUUAGCCAAGGACAUGGGCUGGUCAUUGUAGGGGCCACCAACAGGCCAGAUUCCCUGGACCCUGCCUUGAGGAGACCAGGCAGAUUUGAUCAGGAGAUCGUCAUUGGGAGCCCGACCCUGAAGCAAAGGAAGUCUAUUCUGCAGCUGAUUACUGCUGGCAUGCCUGUCUCAGGCGACAUUAAUUUGCUAGAACUGGCAGAAAUAACACCGGGUUUUGUUGGGGCCGACCUCACCUCGCUCUGCAGAGAGGCUGCCAUGCACGCCCUGUUUCGUAAUUGCACGGAUUCAGUUUGCCCUGUUGAGAUGUCAGAUUUCCUCGAGGCGCUGAAAAAGAUCCACCCGUCAUCAUUCCGAAGCGGAAUCGGGCUAACGGACUUCAAGCCCGUCUCAUGGGAUCAGAUUGGUGGCCUCGAAGACGUGAAAUUAAAAUUAAAACAGAGCAUCGAAUGGCCAAUAAAAUUCCCAGAAGCCUUUGUCCGGAUGGGGCUGGCCCGCCCAAAGGGCAUCCUUCUCUAUGGACCAUCAGGUUGUGCCAAAACGAUGCUCGUGAAGGCAGCCGCCUCCUCUUCUCAUUGUUCCUUUCUGGCUGUGAACGGUGCUGAUCUCUUCUCACCUUUGGUUGGAGAGUCAGAGAAGAUUUUGUCUCAGGUGUUUCGUCAAGCAAGAGCAAAUACUCCAGCAAUAGUUUUCCUGGAUGAAAUCGAUGCGAUCCUGGGAUCCCGAUCGAGAACUAAAACCGGGUGUGGCGUCCAGGAGAGAGUUCUUUCCGUCCUUCUCAAUGAGUUGGACGGCAUCGGAGUCAAGUUAACUGAGCGAAGAGGAAAUAAAGCAGAGAUGGAAAACGAGAGUCAAAAACCAGCUGAAAGUGAUAAAGAGUUAGAACUUCAGGAAGUUUUUAACAGAGAUGUCAUAGUCGUUGCUGCAACAAAUAGACCAGACCGGUUGGAUGAUGCUUUGUUACGUCCGGGACGCUUAGACAAGAUCCUCUAUGUUCCACCACCAGAUGAGAAGGGAAGGCUUUUGGUUCUGAAAAUCUGCACGGAAAGAAUUCCAAUAGAUUCUGAUGUCUCCCUAGCAGAUGUUGCAAGUCAGACUAAUAGGUUCUCUGGAGCUGAUCUUGAGAAUCUCUGUAAGGAAGCUGCUUUGCUAGCAUUGCAAGAAAAUGAAGUGGAAGCCACAGCUGUGAAAUAUAAACAUUUUGAAAAAUCCCUGGAGACUGUAAAGCCAUCGCUAACUCACAAAGAGUUGCAAUUUUAUGAAAAAUUGUUUAAAAUUCAAUAAUAUAAUCUGCAAAAGUGACUACAUACCAACAUAUACAAAUAUUUUCAGCUUCAACAAUACUUUGAAAGGUCUUUAAAAAGGGGGAAUGGAAUAAUGAACAGAGAUUAGCCUAAAUGGUUGAAUGCAUUUAUUUUAUAUAUUUUAUCCAGCUUUCCAGAAUUGUUCAAUGUUUGCACCACUGCAGCUCAAACAAAAUAAACCUUAUUCUUGUUUAGUGUGAUGGAUAGGUCCCGUCAUAUUCAAGAAAAUGACUUUAUUUCAGUAGUUUUGUAACUUUAUAUGACUGAGUUCUGUUAUUCAAUAAAAGAAG